GGGAAGUGAUUGCUCAAAGGUGGGGGCCGGAAGGACCCAGGUUUCCGCGUCUCCCGCCCCCCGCCAGCCUGGUGGGGAGGGGCCGGGGCGGGACACCCUUUCCGCCGCCGCCCCCGCCCCAGUUGGAUCUGGCAGACACUCAGCCUUGCGAGCCUGAGGGGAGGCGCUGCGCCCCCGACCCCAGCCGAUCGGGGCUCCCGGCGCCGGCCUUCCCCCAGAACGCCGCAGGGGUAUCUCCUGCCGUCUGACUUGAGUCCCUCCUGCUGCAGUGCACGCCCCUUCGACAGCUGGGGUGGGACCCAGUGCGAACCUGGCCCCUCCCGCCCCCACCCCGCUUUUGGGUCGCUGAAACUCGACCCCAAGGGAAAGGCCUGCGGUGGGCUGCUUUCUCCAUCUGCGGGGAGGCUGUACGACCGCGUUUGAGGGUCCCCUCAAGAUCUCAGGGGAAGCCGGGCAGGUGGCCAGGGCCGACUGAAGCAGGAGGCCAGUCUCGGGUGCCAGGCUUAGGUCCGAGCGUCAGGCGCUUGGGUCCCGACCCGUGGAGCCGGGGUCCCUGUUGCAGAAGCCGCAGGCCGGCCACCCGACCUCACGCCGCGGGGCCUGCGCUAGAGUCGCCACCCUCCCACCCCUUGCCGGGAGACCCGCAGAGGCCGGCAGGGACGGAAACCGGGAGUAAAAUGCCAUGAGCUCCAGGCCGGGGUCGGGGAAAAUAAAGUGGAACCAAGCCGUGAGCUUCCUGGCGGCUGAGACACGGGGAGGCGAGGGUGUCAGGAAGGACCCAGGGGCGAGGCGCCCGAGGCAGAUUCUACUCGGUGGAGAGAAGCCCCACCCGACUCUACCCUCACCCCAGUCUGGGCAGAAAACCCCAGAUGGAGGAAGCUGGGUAAGGGGGUGGCUCUGAAUGUCUGACCACCACCCCCGUCCACCAGUCUGAUAGCCCAGAUUCUUGGGCCCCCAUCCCCUUGGGGUGGGGUGGUGAGCCGGAAACCAAGAAAGAGGAACUUAGGCUUCCGGCUUCCCAGGCCUGAGCGGGUGGGGGUGUCCCAGAACCGCCUGUGGGGACCUUAUCUGGAGCACAGCCUGGGGUCAGGGGCCUGAAGCCCCCUCUCCACUUACCCUGGACCCCUUCACAGUCCUGGUGUAGAUUGGGGUCUGGAGAUGGAAGAGAGAGCAGCAGGGGCUGGGGUCUCAGGUUCUCCGUCAGAACCUUGGCCUCUCUCCCCAGACCCCCAGGCUGCGGUGAGGGUCCCGGAGCCGGCACCACGGAGCCUGGGGGACCCCCUCUGUCCAUCCAUGCCCACCCCACAUGAGGCUGAGAAGCAGCACACAGGGCCAGAGGAGGCGGACCAGCCGCCCUCAAUGUCCAGUCAUGAUGCGGGCCCCCCAGUGGCCUCCCCAGCUGCCCCCCCGGCUGCCCCCAGCCGCAACCCCUGCUGUUUGUGCUGGUGCUGCUGCUGCAGCUGCUCCUGGAACGAGGAGCGGCGGCGAGCAUGGCGGGCCUCUCGGGAGACCAAGCUGCAGCCCCUGCCCAGCUGUGAAGCCUGCAUGGCGCCGAGCCCCGAGGAGGUGCGGAGCUGGGCGCACUCCUUCGACAAGCUGAUGCACAGCCCAGCUGGGCGCGCCAUGUUCCGCGACUUCCUGCGCACGGAGUACAGCGAGGAGAACCUGCUCUUCUGGCUGGCCUGCGAGGAGCUCAAGGCCGAGGCCAACCAGCACGUGGUGGACGAGAAGGCGCGGCUCAUCUACGAGGACUACGUGUCCAUCCUCUCCCCCAAGGAGGUGAGCCUGGACUCGCGCGUGCGGGAGGGCAUCAACAAGAAGAUGCAGGAGCCGUCCGCACACACGUUCGACGACGCACAGCUGCAGAUCUACACGCUCAUGCACCGGGACUCCUACCCCCGCUUCCUGGGCUCACCCACCUUCCGUGCCCUGCUGCACAGAGGGGCCUCCCAGUCCCCGUCCGAGGCCUAAGCCACCCCCGUGGGCCGCACCGACGUGCUCGGGACCCCUGGGACCUCUGCCGGGGGCCGAGUCCUGAAGAUCUACCAGGGCAGGUUCACAGGCCUGCACGCUGCAUCAUCCAGCCAAGGGGCAGGAGCGAGCAUUGGCGCAGGCAGCUCUCUCGCCGCCCAGCUGCCCAGGCCUCCCAUGGGGGCUCCUGCAGGGCAGGAGCAGGGUCCCUCCCGGGAGGCCGCCGCUGGCACACCCCCAGCCCCUCCUCCCCAGGCAGCGGCGGCCCUGAGAAAUGCCCUGGAGGAGAAGACAACUGCUGUGCCAUUUUUUGUAACACACGGAGACCAGGUGACAGCUGUCUGCACCCUGGAGCCACACCCAGGACCUCCAAAUCAGACUUGGAACCUCGGAACCAGACUGGCGGCAACAGCACCCCAGUUCCUAUUUUAUAAGUUCAUAAACUUGGAAACUAGAAACAUGUCCUUAUGGUGUGUUUUAACAAAAAAAAAAAAAAA